AUAUAAAUAGGCAUUACAAACCAUCAAAACCAAACCAAUAUCGAUAAGAGAAAACACUUGAAGUGAUACCAUACAGAAAAAAGAUAAGAUGCAAGUGGAUUCAGAAAAUAGAAUUGGCAUUCCACGUCUAGGUUUUGGAACAGCUGAAUAUCCAUUUGGAUUAUCGGCAGAAAUUAUGAAAGAAUCCAUUCUUCAUGCAAUCGUAUUAGGUUACAGACAUUUUGACACGGCUGCCCUCUACCAGUCAGAGAAGUAUCUCGGUGAGGCAGUCUCAGAUGCUCUUACUCUUGGCCUGAUCAAAUCUCGGGAGGAGCUCUUCAUCACUUCCAAGCUCUGGUGCUGCGAUGCCCACCAUGAUCGUGUUCUUCCUGCGCUGCAGAAAACGCUCAAAAACUUGAAGCUAGAGUAUCUGGAUCUGUACCUUAUUCAUUUUCCAGUCAGCGUAAAACCAGGUGAAAUCACUUUUCCAUUUCCGAAGGAGGAUAUAGUUACUAUGGAUUUCAAGUCAGUGUGGGAAGCUAUGGAGGAGUGUGUGGAGCUUGGUUUAACAAAAUCAAUAGGAGUCAGCAACUUCUCGUGCAAGAAGCUUGAAAUAAUAUUAUCCACAGCAAAAAUCCCUCCUGCUGUCAAUCAAGUGGAGAUGAGCUCAGUUUGGCAGCAAAAAAAGCUAAGAGACUUCUGUGAUGAAAAAGGUAUAAUUGUUGAAGCGUAUUCCCCUCUGGGUGCCAAUGGAGCGCUCUGGGGUACAAAUCGUGUUAUGAAAAACGAUGUGAUCAAGAAUAUUGCUCUUGCCAAAGGAAAAAGUGUUGCCCAGAUAUGUUUGAGGUGGGUUUAUGAACAAGGAGUUGUUGUGAUCGUGAAGAGCUUCAACAAAGAAAGAAUGAAAGAAAACCUUGACAUAUUCGACUGGCAAUUGAGUUCAGAAGAAUUAUAUCAAAUAAAUCAAAUCCCACAAGAAAAAGCAUUUCCUGCCCUAGAAUUUAUUUAUAGCGAAGGACCUUACAAGACUGUUGAUGAGUUCUGGGAUGGAGAAAUUUAAUUAUUUUCAUAAAAUUACAUAUAUUUAAUUAGUGAAUAUUUUUGUUAAAUAAUUAUUAGUUAUAUAUGUACUUAAACUAUCGUCAUAAUAAUUUAACAAGAUAUGAUUAUGUAA